AUUAUAAAGCUUCACAUUUUCCUAUGCUUAAGCAUUAUGUUAUUUACCUGCUUUUGCUGUAAUUUUGCUUUCGCUAAAAUCGAUCUUUUCCCAUUAGAUAUUUUUGUCAGUAUUUUUUUUAAAUAAAAUUUGUUAGACAUAUACAUAUAUGUAAUACAGUAAUCGAAUCUUGCUGCCAAAACAAAAUGUCUAAAUUAGGUUUGGAAUAUUUAAACUUGUGAAAAUAUAUCAAACAUUUCGUUGCCUUGUUUUCGAAUCCCACUCAGUAAGGGAAUCUAUUUCUCCACUAUCUACCAAAAUUGCAUAUCGUCUUAUCGAAAUAAAAUCAAGUGUUGAAAAUUGAACACGUAAUGAGUUGCUUCCCGCGUCAAUCGGAAUGUUGCUGCUGUUCGUCUUGUUCGCCCUGUUGCAAUUAUAUGGGUGAUUGCUGUAAUAUCCGUCGAAAUCGGUCCUGUAUUGAUUGUUUUCCAACGCGGAUGAUUCCGGAUGUACAAGUUCCUCCCAAAAAACCUAAGUCUAGAAGUUGUCCAAUUAAGUCUUCCAUGUCUAAAAAUAAUAAUAAUAAACGUCCAUCCCAAAUUAAAAACGGAAAGCGUUCAAAUGUAUCAGCCGAAAGCGAACCCAGUAUGGAAAGUAAGAAUCCUAAACAGACAAAGAAUAAGCAAAACUUUCAAUACCAGGACCAGAAGAAGCGUAUGGAGGUAAUAAGUGAGGAAGCAGAACAAGAUUCGGAUGAAGAACCAUUCAGCAAAAAUAUUCAGAAUUCAUGUGCCGACUUUCUCAGUAUUGUACAUGACACGGUAUUAGAAACAGUUCAAAGUUCGGUUGAAUGCAUGAUGCGAAAUUAUUUUGUCCAUACAAUGGAAAAGGUCGAAACGUUAUGUUCGCAGAUGAUGAGAAAUGAAUGUUUAUUAAGCAAAAUGUACUUGGAUAUUUUAGACAAAAUAUCACAGCAAAGCGAGAAAAGUUUACGACAGUUUAAAUGCUUGUGUCAAUUUAUUGCCGAAACUCAGAGAGAAGUUAGCGAAGAUCGUACACAGAAUCAGAGAUGCAAUUGUCCGAACUGCACGGGAACGGAAGAAUCUUUUAUAUCACUGGCUAAAGAAAGGGCUGUGUUGAAAGGACGCCGCCUCUCUGGAAGCGGCAAUAGUAACAUUAACUUCAAUGUUUAUAAGAGUGAGUUAAAUGCAAGGAACUAUCGUGACCCCGACAACGAGCCACCAGGUAACAUUGGUAGCUUGAGUAAUGAGGCAAUUCGGCGAAAUAUUAGACGGUUGAAUGAAUCUGACCACUUUGAGUUUUCCAAUAAUCGCAGAAUUCCUGAGCCCCCUAGGGUCGAUGACAGUUUUAAAAUGGAACAAUAUGAGAAUCGAAUAGAAGGUGGCAAAUACGUUAGUGUGAAAACAGGGCCAAGUGAAACAAACAUGCCGGAAGUAAAACUGUAAUGACAGCUAUUUUAUCCAUUGCCGUAUUUCGUGACCAGUAAUAUUCGGCUGUGCAUCAAAAGUGGCGAUUUAACGUUUUUAUUACGAAUAUUUCGAUGAGCCUUGUACGAGUAUGUACAUAUACAGACGAGUGUAUUUAAAUCAUUCUUCAGCUGUUGUCGCAGGCUAAAAGGCAGAGACUUCUCCUCCAAUUUGCAUAUACCAGUAGAUGUAUGUGUUGGAGCAGAAGUUUUCGCUUUUUAACUUAUCAUAAUUUUGAUUCUUCCAAAUUUAACGAAAGUUUAAAUCCUCUAAUAUAUUAUAUUCAAAUAUCGAGCCCGAAACAAAAAACAUUUAUUUUC